UGUUGGUGCGUGGCUAAAUGCCGAUUCGACCAGCUCCACAGCUCGCGGUGCUCGGAAAACAAUUCCCCGCAAUUAUAUUCUGAAAAUCCCAUUUAUACAGGAAGAAUCAGAGAGCCCUCAUUGAACAUUCGCCCUUUUAAAGCCCAGGCUGCAGGCUUACAGUAGGUGGGGUGGGCUUAUUUGCAGUUCCUGCUCCUAUGGCAACCCAAUAGAUCAGAUAGCUUCAUGAAUAUUCCCAAUACCAGAAGCUGGAACGAUAGAUCAGUGAUGUCACCGGUCUCAGGAUGCGGCUGUAGAUUUCAUUGCACUGUUCAUUAUUGACAGCAGAUACGGAUCUGGGCAGGGAGCACGCCGGGGUAUUAAUGACCUCCUCAUCAUCGCACGCCCCUCACCUGCCAUGCUAAGGUUUCGUGUGAUUUUAUUUUUCUACUCAAAGGAUUUUGCAUUCCAGUGCCUUGCAAGCCGAGACUGAAGUACAGCGGGGAUCGAAGCCGGGUAGAGGAGGCAUCUUAAAGUGCCAAGAAAUAUACGAGAUGGUCCGUUUCUUGCUAGCGCAUCACAACCGCUACUACCACCUCUUUCAUGUGCAUCAGGAUGAGGCUUGGAGUCUGAGAUGAGCACCAGACGACACGCACACAGCCACAACUAGGGUGCUGCGAUUCGUGGCAAUAAUCGCAACAGUAAUAAUCCGGUUUUAGAAUUUUCCAAUUGGUCUGUGUCAAUUCAAUAUCAUAAUGGACAAGUUGCCCCCUUCCAUGCGCAAGAGGCUGUACAGCCUGCCCCAGCACAUCGGGCAGAAAGCUUCGAUCAUGGGAGAUGGAGAAGACGGAGACAAGGACACACGGAGGAAGAGCAUUAAAAUGAAGCCCUUGCCUUCACCGUCCUCUGCGGGUAGCUGCAAAGGUAUGGCGGAAACCAAAGGCGGGGAUUCGGUGAUUAUGGAGACAGACAUCGGGAGACCCGUCAAGACCAGCUCAAACGGUGACUGCAGGAGAUUCAAAGGCAGUCUCUCGUCCAUCACCAGCCGGCACGUCCAUGACCCGGACUCGGCGGAGGAGAGACGGCUCAUAACGGAGGGAGAUGUCACGCCGUGUGAGGAGAGCCCCCCGCCGGGGGCGGUGGGCUCUGUGGCGGAGCAGGGCGCGUACGGCGGCGGCUCCAAGGAUCAACAGGCAUCCCCGGACCAGCCAUCCGGUUUCAUAAAGUUGGAUGGAAUCGACCAAAUCCUGCCGGACGACGAGCAGAGAUUGUACCAGGCUGGCUUCAUUCACAGGCAGUUCGGAGCCAUGCUGCAGCCGGGGGUCAACAAGUUCUCCUUAAGAAUGUUUGGGAGUCAGAAGGCAGUGGAAAGGGAACAGGAGCGGGUUAAAUCCGCCGGAUUUUGGAUAAUUCACCCCUAUAGUGACUUCAGGUUUUACUGGGACCUGACCAUGCUGCUUCUGAUGGUGGGCAACCUGAUCAUCAUCCCGGUGGGCAUCACCUUCUUCAAGGACGAGCACACGCCCCCCUGGAUCGUCUUCAAUGUGGUGUCGGACACGUUCUUCCUCAUCGACCUGGUGCUCAACUUCCGCACGGGCAUCGUCAAGGAGGACAACACCGAGAUCAUCCUGGACCCCCAGCGGAUAAAGAUGAAGUAUCUGCGCAGCUGGUUCGUGGUCGACUUCAUCUCCUCCAUCCCUGUGGACUACAUCUUCCUCAUCGUGGAGACCCGCAUCGACUCCGACUUCUACAAGACGGCCCGCGCCCUGCGCAUCGUGCGCUUCACCAAGAUCCUCAGCCUCCUGCGGCUGCUGCGGCUGUCCCGCCUCAUCCGCUACAUCCACCAGUGGGAGGAGAUCUUCCACAUGACCUAUGACCUGGCCAGCGCUGUGGUGCGCAUUGUCAACCUGAUUGGGAUGAUGCUGCUGCUGUGCCACUGGGACGGCUGCCUGCAGUUUCUGGUGCCCAUGCUGCAAGACUUCCCCAGCGACUGCUGGGUCGCCAAAAACAAGAUGGUGAAUGACACCUGGGGCCAGCAGUACUCCUACGCCCUGUUCAAAGCCAUGAGCCACAUGCUGUGCAUUGGUUACGGGCAGCAGGCCCCUGUGGGCAUGACCGACGUGUGGCUCACCAUGCUGAGCAUGAUCGUGGGCGCCACCUGCUACGCCAUGUUCAUCGGCCACGCCACCGCGCUCAUCCAGUCGCUCGACUCCUCGCGGCGGCAGUACCAGGAGAAGUACAAGCAGGUGGAGCAGUACAUGUCUUUCCACAAGCUCCCCGCCGACAUGCGCCAGCGGAUCCAUGACUACUACGAGCAUCGCUACCAGGGCAAGAUGUUCGACGAGGAGAGCAUCCUGGGAGAGCUCAGCGAGCCGCUGCGAGAGGAAAUCAUUAAUUUUAACUGCCGGAAACUUGUGGCAUCCAUGCCUCUGUUUGCCAACGCCGACCCGAAUUUUGUCACCUCCAUGCUGACGAAGCUGCGUUUCGAAGUGUUCCAGCCCGGCGAUUACAUCAUCCGCGAAGGCACCAUUGGCAAAAAGAUGUACUUCAUCCAGCACGGGGUGGUGAGCGUGCUGACGAAGGGCAACAAGGAGACCAAGCUGUCCGACGGCUCGUACUUCGGGGAAAUCUGCUUGCUGACCCGAGGCAGAAGGACAGCCAGCGUCCGAGCGGACACCUACUGCCGGCUCUACUCGCUGUCCGUGGAUAACUUCAACGAGGUCCUGGAGGAGUACCCCAUGAUGAGGAGAGCCUUCGAGACUGUGGCCCUGGACAGACUUGACCGCAUUGGGAAGAAGAAUUCCAUCUUGUUGCACAAGGUCCAACACGACCUCAACUCGGGUGUCUUCAACUACCAGGAGAACGAGAUCAUCCAGCAGAUUGUGCAGCACGACAGGGAGAUGGCUCAUUGCGCGCACCUCCUCCAGAACGCCCCGCCCCCCGUGUCCACGCCCACACCGGUCAUCUGGACACCGCUCAUCCAGGCCCCCCUGCAGGCGGCUGCUGCCACCACGUCUGUGGCGAUCGCCCUGACCCAUCACCCCCGGCUCCCCGCCACACUCUUCCGACCCCCAGUCUCGGUGCUGGGGUCCCUGAGGGAGCCGUCCAGCCAGCUGAAGAGGUUCAACCCCCUGGUGCCCACCACUGCUGCCUCGGCCGGCGACUCUCCCUCCAGCACGCCCUCCCAGCUCCGCCUGUCAGGAGCCGACACGCCCUCGCUGGCCUCCUUCCAGGCCCAGGCCCAGCCGCCGGCCUCGGCCAGCUCCAGCCAGCCCCCGUCCGCCAGCAGCAGUGCGCCGCCGGGACCCAGCAGUUCUUCCACGUUUCCCUUCAGUCAGUUCCCGACGUCUGGGUCGCCUUCCUCCAGCACUGCUCAGCUCCAUCAGCCCCCGCAGCAGCAGCAGCAGCUCUUCCCCUGCAGCACACCUCCAUCAGGCCUCUUCCAGCAGGGGGCAGCAGGUGGUGCCGCUGCCAGUAAUUUUGGCCCGUCAGCUACAGGCUCCCCGAAUCUUCUUCUCGGCCAGCUGCAGCCUCCUCCCCCCAGAGCUCCUCAGGUGGGGUCCUUACAGCAGUUCGCGGGGGGGGGCAGGACUUCCAGUGGAUUAAACCUCUUCCACACCCCUCCAUCCAGCUCGCCAUCAUCCAGCUUGAGCCAGCUUGCCCAGCCAGCCUUGGGCUCCCCGUCAUCUUUAGCACAACACAGCCUGGCUGGCUUACAGUCCGGCUUCAUAGCCCAGCUCCAUCAGGAGCGCUCAGCCAUUUCAGCUCUGGUCCAGCACAGCUCCGGAACUGCCUCUCCUUCCUAUACCCCCGUGGCACCAAGUCCCACUGUCCAGAGCCCCGUGGUGGGGAGAACUUUCCAGUACAGUGACCCCUCGAGUGUGACUGGUUCCCACAGCUCCCUCCUCACUCCACAGACUACUUGCCCAGCCCAGCCCCUUAGCCAGAGCCAGUCCAAAGCAGGCACAGCAUUGCCGGUGGGCCGCUUCUCCCAGGAAAUCAAACUGAUAUCGGCCUCACACCCCUCCUUGCCCCAAGAGGUAGCUCAGGCUAUGAGCCGAGCAUCUCCACACUCCUCCAGGGAGUCUGUCACUUGCUUCUCCCCCUUCGCCUCUCCCACUCUCCUGGGAAAACCCUGUAGCUCCAUCCCUGGCCGCAUGACUCUCCCCAGGCAGAUGUCCUCAGGGUCCAUACCUCAAACCCCAGGGACCUCCCCCACCCUCCCUCCUAGGAAGGGCUCCAGCUCGUAUGCUUCUGAACUCGAACCCGUCCGGCCCAAAUUACCGUCUAAUUUGUGAGGUUUAAUCACACCCUCCUGCAUCCUUUGGACUGCACACUGAUCUUCCUAUGUGACAUUGUUUCCUCUAGGCUUCACUGUGUUUUAUUUAUUUAUUUUAAUUCUCCAGUAUAACUGUGAUUUUACAGUAUGACCGGGUGACUUAGAGCUCUAGUUUUGCUUCAAUUGUUUUUGUUUUGUUUUUUGACACUCUCUGUCUUCUGGAAAUCGAGCUCAGCAGUGUUUCUGUCCUGUGACCGUUGAUGGGAGGGUGUGAAAGAAUCUGUUUAGAGGAGGGCCAUGAUUUUUUAACUCCAAAAAUGCCAAAAACAGCAACAGAGGCCAGAUACGACUGUAAGCAUGGGGAGACGGCAGAAUAUCUUGCUGGGAAGGAUGCUCUAAAACCUGCAUGUGACACUAUCUCUGGAACAAGGGCAGUAGAAAUGUUGCUUUUAAAAGACCUAGUCAACCACAUGCGAUUGUCUCUGGCUUAUAAACCAAAAAAUACAUGUAUUUCCUCUGGAUGACAGAGUCUGGCACUUCUCCAACCAACAUGGCUUGAGGCCAUGUAGGCAGUUACUGAACUAGGGAUUAUAGACUUUAGGAUAUGAUAUGGAAAAAGAAAAGAAAAUAAAGCUGAAGGCUUGUUUUUAGAAACAGUUUCCUUACAAAUUCACAGUGUCUUCCAAAUAAAUGUAGCAUGUCUUAGAGCUUGUGGAGAGAUAUCAGCUUGCCCAUUUUUGUAUGGACAAGUCAAGGCUGUAGACAAAGAAAUUGAAAAUUUACCUUGGUAAAUUACCUUUGCACUUCCAUCAUGGUUUGACUUUAAAUCUUACGCUCGUUUACUUUGCUUUCACUGUGCUCUCCUGCAUAUUUACUGUGCUUUCAACAAUGUGCUUUACUACACCAGACCUUGACACUGCAUUCUGGCAUAGUAACUGAGAACUUGAAUCAGGUAUUUAAAAUCCCAAACAGGGUUUGACAAAAUCAGCCCAUCUUACAUCUUUAAAAUCAGCAACGACAGAGACCCAGGGACAAGUGGAAAUUAGGUUCAGAAACAUAUACAUUAGGAAAAGAAACAGGGGAUAUUUCAUAAUGCAGAGAAGAGAGUUUAUAGGGUCUGGAGCAGCCUCCAAAGGCAUGUUCCUGGCAUUGAUCAAGUGAGAUCCUUAAAGAAAUAGCUUGGUAGCAUCCUAAUAAGGUAGUAAGGUGGACCAUAUACUGUACAAUAGUCUGCUUUAUUUCCCAGAUGUUUACAGCAACAUUCUACCCUUCUAAAUAGCUAUCCAUGGUAUUUUCAUAGUGUCGCGUAAUAGCAGGAAGCCUGGAUAAAAGUGUGCAGCUACUAUCUAUGUGUACGUGUCCAGCUUCACUUUCAAUGGCAGCAUAUUGUAAACCAGAGGCGUUCAGUCCUGGUCCCGGAGGGUUGGUGUGUCUGAGAAUUUUCAAGGUCUCUGUAAAGCAGCAGCACCUGAAAAGGCCGGCAGAAGCUAUGAAUCUGGUCCAGUUAAUCCAGAAAGCAGCUAGUUUAGCUCAUGUAGAGCCGACUAAGAAAGAAACCCAUAGACCCACUGGUCCUCCAGGACCAGGAUCAGACACCCCUGGUGUAAAGCAGCAUAUCAGUGACCUCUUAUUGCAGAGGUCCUCUCACAGCCUGAACUCUCGAUGGAGAGCAAUGGUUAGGACAAGGGGCAUGACUGGGUGUCUUCCAGAUCCCCCAAGGUUCACUGCGGGGACAGUCUCCUCUGAGGGAAACUCUCCAGCCGAUGUUCCUCCAGAUCUUGUGCGUGAGCCAAGUGAAGCACGCCGUGCAGUCACACUGAUUUUACUUAGAGGUGCUCUUCCAGCGUGGGUUUUAGAGCAUUUUCUCCUCCUGAAUCUGUCUUGUGACACAGUAAGAUCUGUUGGUGUUGAUUUAAACCACAGAGAUGUUGGCUUUGUUGCAUUGGGACAUUUAAUAUAUUGUAAUUAUCGGGGCAUUUUAUACGAAAUCACACAACAGAUGAAGUUAUCAAACUCCUUGUCAUUUUUCAGCUAUAGUAUAUUUAGAUGUAAGUACAGUAGUAUCCCCACUCAAUACACAAAGGCACCAAUCCUCUAAACCUUUCACAGGGAAAAAACGGUUAUUAUAAUGCAAUAAGCAGCUUCAGUAUGAAAAGAAACAGGAUCCACAGAAUGAAUUACUGACCAUUGAACUUAGUGGCAAUCGAACUCCAUAUGUUUGAGUACUGCAGUAUCUUGUUUCUAUGUCUGUUUCAACAGGUCAAUGCAAAAGUGAUUUCUGGCGCUGAAAACUUUGGUUGAGUUUACAAUGAUGAAUGUUUUCCUCCACCUACAGCAAUGUGUCUUAUGCUGGUAUUGAAAUUUAUUUUUAACAGAACAUAUUAUUUUCUGUUUGGUAUCCAUGGGUUUCACAAUCAUGUAAAUUGAUAUCCAAGGCUCGUGAAAUGUGGCAGUAACAAGGUGGGUUUUAUUUUGUUCUCAGAACAAAAUGUGACUUUAAAACCCAGAGCUUUUUUAUUUAGGGUAUAAAACCUUGGCAGUUGGCAUUUUAAGAGAUACAGUAUAUGCAUAGAUAUCCAGUGAACACUUCUUAGAGCUGCCCUUCAGUGUUUGGUGCACUUCUUCUGUCCUGUCAUCCUCUGUGUUGGUCAGUGAAGAGGGAGAUUUCCAGGGGCAGGUGGGGAGGCUCAGUACUUCACCACCAUACUCUGCAGAACCAAGAGCAGACCCGCUGAGCCAAUUGAUCAUCCCCAGACCUCCCCAGCAUGCAAGGUGCGAUUGAAUUGGACUGCAGCUCCUCACUACUUGUGCACAACCCUUUCAUAUUGCUGUUAUUCACAGUUUGUCACCUCCAGGGCAAACACAGCAUAGACCUGGAUGUACUGGCAAAAAAAAAUACAGUGCAUUGAGAUAGUGUGUGGGCAUGGUUGGCGCCAAUGAGCUCGUUGGUUAACAUGCAUGAUUGGCAUUAGAAAAUGACUCCCCUGUUAUUGCUUAUUAGAAAUCAUAUAGAAUCCAGAGCAAGAACACUGCCACCAACGUUCUAAUAGCGUUCCGUUCAAAAAGGUAUAAUUAUGGAUAAGUUCUGUGCACUGAAUCAGGCAAGAAAACAGCAUCGCAGCAAAACAGUGAGUGUUAUUUGAAAGUCCAGCAAGUAUUUGUGGUUGGUAUAAAGUGCACGGUGUCCAGUUUUCAGGUUGUUAGAGUAUUAGUAAGGGACACACGAGGACACCUGCUGUAUUCUGUUUCAAAUUAAUUCCUGUGAAAAACAAUAUCAUUCCAGGUCUCGAGGACUAUCCUGGGCAGUACAGUAAUGCGAUUAUAUCCCUGUCAGAUUGCAUGAAUAAGACACUGUUGUGGCAAAUCAGUGUUUGCCAGUAUUUAUUCAUAACUGAAUUGUAAAAAGAAAAGGUGUGUGUUAAAAAAUUCAAUCUGACAGCAUUCUCUCUCUCAUUUGCAUGUUGCAAAGGUUAGGGUUAUCUGUGCCGCAGAACACAUGGAGAUUCACUUUUAAGGAAAGUGGGGAAGGGGUUUGUGUCUUUAGCACGAUGACCUGAAUAAAGAUGUGGUCUAAUUAAGAAAACACGCACUAUGACUUUGCUGUAGGGUCAUUUGGUAUCUACUGGGGUAAAUUAUACAAUUUGGAGAACUGCAUCUGGGUGAGAUUCUAUUGUAAGCAUGGGACAAAAAAACGCUGUGAUUAAUUACUUUAAUUUUGUACUCUGGGCUAUCAGUUAAUUAAUAAACUAGAGGAAACGGAGGGCAUGCCACCCUUGCUGUAGUGGGUACCGUGAAGUACCCAUCAGCUGACAAACAGCACUCCUCCCUUCACGUUCAAGCCCUCUGCAGCUACAGUCUGAUUUGACAAGGCAGAAGCUCACCUUUUCAGUAAAGCCUUGGCCUCAGUAAUGUGCCAUCCUGACUGCAGCCUGUCAGUGAUAAAUGGGUUUUGGAGUCUUUCAGGUAGUGUUAUAUAGCAAUACAGAACCUAACGCAUGGCUGCCAACCACGGAAGAGAUGCUAAAAGCACUUCUUUUUUUUCUUCAAAAUGUGUUGGAAUAAGUACAUAUUGUUUACUGUACACAUAAAAGUGUUUUUGUAGGUUAAGGAAGUGGUUCUCGAUGGCAUUAGGACCCAAUAAGGGUGCAUUAGUGGAACAUCUUAUCAUGACUUCUUAUCAUUGAGUGGCACGACAAAAGCCACCCAUAUGAGAGAAAAAGCUCUUGAUAAAAAUAUAUUUAACACAGAAACGUUCCUUUUAGCCAUUUGUGUAAAUGGCUUGUGCAAGCUGUUCAAAAAUACUGAAAAACUGAAAUCUAUUGUUUUAUCUCAAAUCCA